AUGUCGACCCCCACGCUACAAACGCCCCUCUCGAAGCUCCUGUGCAUUCAGUAUCCCAUCAUCCUCGCAGGCAUGGCCCGCACAUCUGGCGGGCUCCUUGCCGCAGCCGUGUCAAAUGCUGGCGGCCUCGGCGUCAUUGGUGGCCUGGGCUACACGCCUGCUCAGCUGCAAUCUAUUAUUGACGAGCUCAAGAGCAAUCUUACCGACAAAUCGCUGCCCUUCGGCGUCGACCUCGCGCUCCCGCAGGUCGGCGGCUCAGCGCGCAAGACGAACCACGACUAUACGCACGGCCAGCUUGACGAACUCAUCGAAGUGACAAUCAAGAAUGGCGCGAAACUGUUUGUCAGCGCUGUGGGUGUGCCGCCCACAAGGACCAUCAAGCGACUGCACGAGGCAGGUAUCCUAAUCAUGAAUAUGGUCGGGCAUCCUCGCCAUGCUGUGAAGGCUCUGGAAGCGGGCGUUGACAUCGUAUGCGCGCAAGGCGGCGAAGGUGGUGGACACACAGGCGACAUUUCGAAUUCAAUACUAAUCCCCGCUGUGGUGGAUGUGGCGAGGAGGUACACGAGCCCGCUCACGGGGCAGCCAGCCAUGGUGGUUGCUGCGGGCGGCAUCUACAACGGGCGAUCGCUAGCCAGCAGCCUAAUGCAGGGUGCGCAGGGCGUCUGGGUGGGAACACGCUUCGUAGCUUCCACUGAGGCUGGAUGCUCCCAGCAGCAUAAGGACAACGUUGUUUCCGCGCGCUUCGAAGACACGGACCGCACGCUGGUGGUCAGUGGACGGCCGCUCAGAGUAAAGCUCAACGAAUAUAUCAGGGACUGGCAUGCUCGGCCAGAGGAGAUCAAAAAGCUGACUGAGGCGGGCAUCGUACCGCUUGCAAAGGAUAUGGAAGAUGAUAAAGAGUUUGAUAUCCCAUUCCUAAUGGGGCAGGUGGCUGGCGAGAUUAGGGACAUUAAGCCAGCGAAGCAGAUCGUUGACGAGAUGGUAAGCGAAGCGGUGGAGAUGCUGAUGCUUGGGCAGACGUUUAUCGGAGGACCGAGUAGUAAGCUGUAG